GUAAAAUCCACCACCUCAACAUCUUCUUCUCUGCUCUCUUAUUCGGUCUUUUUGACUCUUUCCGUUCAUCCGGGUCGUCUCCAGAUCGUGUCUGCUUCCUGGAGAUCUUUCUUCUCCCCAUAUCCGGCCCAUUGACCGUGUCAUCUAUUGGGUUUUCGAAAGCUAUUCGAAAGUCAAUCUUGUUCCCUUUGUGGAUUUUCAACUUCCAGACUCUGUUCUCUGAGCUGCCUCUUCAUCCUCUUGAAUCUGUGCACCUUUUUCAUAUCCUUCUUUGCUUGUUUGGCGCCACACUAUCUGGCAAGUCGCCGCGGCUUCUGCGUAUCUCCUGCCUUUAUCACGGCAAUUUGGGGUGAUACGUUUCAAGACCGCCGUUUUCGGAUUGGCAGAAAUAUCUAAUAGCUGGCUCAAAGAAGACAUUCGAUAUAGCCAGAGGCUCACUGUGCUUUCCCGCCAAGAUGGCUCCAACAGCUCAUGCGAGUUAUCAGAAAGACGAGAAAGUUUUGUGCUUCCACCACGAGAUCUUAUACGAAGCUAAGAUCCUCGACGUGAGGCACUCUGACCCAAGUGACAAGAAGAGUCCCCAUGAAUAUUUGGUGCAUUAUAAGGGCUGGAAGAAUACCUGGGAUGACUGGGUGUCUCAGGACAGACUGCGUAAAUUCACAGAAGAGAACAGGGAACUGGCAACCACCCUCCGCCGAGAAGCUGAGGCUUCGUUCCGGCAACGAAAUUCCAAGUCCACCCUGAAGAGGAGGGGUGGCUCUGACCCCAGCUCCACUCGUGGCAGUGAAGAGAGACAGACUCCUGCUCGUGGUACCAAGAGAGGCCGCGACAACGAAAUUGAAAAGGAGGAAAACUUCUUCGCACGUCCUUCAGUCAGGAUUAUCAUGCCAGAUAAUCUCAAAUCCCUGCUCGUUGAUGACUGGGAAAAUAUCACUAAAAACCAACAAGUCGUCGCCUUGCCCUCCAAGGUCUCUGUAAAUCAGAUCCUUGAGGCCUACAUAGAAGAAGAGAAGGCUAAACGCGCUACUCCAGCCGAUAUUGAUGUUCUUGAAGAGAUAAUCCAGGGCAUCAGGGAAUACUUUGACAAGUCGUUAGAAAAGAUACUUCUUUACAGAUUCGAACGCGAGCAGUACAAUAAUAUCCGAAAGAGGUGGGAAGCCGCAUCUGGUGACCUUUCCGGCAAGGGUCCUCUGGAUACAUACGGCGCAGAGCAUUUGGCCCGAUUGUUCGCUACCUUGCCCGAGCUUAUUGCCCAGACAAACAUGGACUUACAGUCCACCAACCGACUCCGCGAAGAACUGUCCAAGUUUACCCUCUGGCUCGGUAAAAACUCCGAAAAGUACUUCGUCAACAGAUACAUUAAUCCUAGUAACGAUUAUGUCGAGAGGUCGCGAGGUGUUGUGAACCCAACUCCAGGUACCGCCACUUCACGUCUAGUAUGAUCAAUAGUAGUGGGAAAUGCAUGCUGUUCUCUGGGGCAUACUUAGCAUGGGGUUCUGGCUUCUUAAUCAAUUCUGAAGAUAACUGCUAGCGAUGAAAAAAGUGCGGGUUUCUUUUUACUUUCUUGUGUAUAAUGUCUUCUUUCUUUGUUAAUUGUUUGCACAGAUUGGAGGUUACAUCAUCUAUAUGCUGCUUGCUGUCUUGUCUUCCUGGGACUUGUUUCAAAUAAAGCAGGGACUUGCUAGCAAAAUAUUUC